AUGCACCAACAGCAACUUAGGCCACGACUGCAGAUAAGUCAUGGGCCCAAGAAGAAAGAGGAAUAUGAGCAACCACCAAACUUAGGAACAUUAUCACCAGAUUUACAACCAUGUUCACCACCUACAUUCUGUACAACUGAAAGUGGAGAGGCAUCACCAGAACAGUUUCUGCAGAUAGGGAAAUAUAUUAUUCGUCAGAAAUCUCCAUCAGUGGAAAAUUGCACUGCUGUUGAUAAAACUACAGGAUUGGAAUAUGUGUGCAAGGUGUUACCGCUAUGUAAAUAUAGACAGACACUAGCUCCAUACUUGGCCACAGAUGACCACCCCAGCGUGGCAGCAAUUUGGGAAAUCAUUCUUGGCCAGAACUUUGCCUACAUCUUCUUCCAGCGCGGCUACGGGGAUCUCCAUUCCUACGUGCGUGAGAAGAAAAAGCUGAAGCAGGCAGAAGCCCGGGAACUUGCCCGGCAGAUUGUGGAUUCGGUGCGGCAUUGCCAUGAGAGUGGUGUGGUGCUGCGGGACCUCAAGUUGAGAAAGUUCGUCUUCAAGGAUGAGGCUAGAACUCAGCUUCGACUGGAUGGGCUGGAUGAUGCUGUUGUUCUAGAGAGUGAAGAUGCUUCAGACACUCUGACCGACAAACAUGGAUGCCCAGCCUAUGUCAGCCCGGAAAUACUCUCAGCUCGUGGUGGCUACUCUGGCAAGUGUGCCGACCUAUGGAGUCUCGGAGUCAUGAUCUACACCAUGCUGGUUGGUCGGUACCCCUUCCAUGACAAAGACCCCCUUGUCCUCUUCAGAAAGAUCAGAGGAGGUGCUUAUAAAAUCCCAGAUGCCGUACCAGCUAGAGCCAAAUGUUUGGUUCGCAACCUGCUUCGCCAUGAACCAAGUGAGCGUCUGAGUGCAGCUGAAGCACUGGAACAUCCCUGGUUUACACGACCCAUUUUAGUGGAGCCGCCAAAUCGACUUGUCCCAUCGGUGAAAGGUGUUGACCAGGCUGUGCCAGACUACGACUAUCCCAUUGAUGAUGUAUCUGUUGAUUCCUUCUUACCAAACUAA